UCUUUAACUUUGUACACUUUCUUUUUCAACAAUAUUGUUUAACCUUUUAAAUUCAUAGUAUAUUUAAAAACAAAAAUUUUUCCAUUAACGUAUGCUUUCAAAUUAAAUUAUAAUUGCUACAGCUGUGAUAUUAAACCUCUUUGAUCUAAACAGUUAUCUUCUUUUUUUGAUCGAGUAAUCUGGUUCAUAUGAGUCUUACUUCAAUGAUGAACAAAGCCAAGCAGCAAAACUAAGAAGAUGUCAAAAUUUUAGAACAACGAAAUAUUGAAUCAAUAUGCUGACGAAUUUGCUAAAUGCUGAUUAUUUAUCAGAUGUCAUAUGUUGCAUUGAAGCAACUUUUAUAAUGAAAAAUCUUAAUUUUUUGUUGGUUUGGUCCAGUUGUUUGGCUAUGAAUGCAGCAAGCUUCUAGCUCAAAGGAACAAAAAAAUGGGAAUUACUUGUUUAAUUGCUGUAGAACUAUGAAAAGAAACGGGAAAAAUAUAAUAUUGUAGGAAAAGAGAAUGGAAAAUGUUUUGAGAGGAAUUUGAGGGGUAAUAAUGUCAUUAACUAAGCUAAUGCAUGUAUUAAAAUCCUUUGCAUUAGCAAUACAUUGGAAAAGAGUGGUAUUAACAAUACACACCUCAAUACACAAUAGAGUAUAUAACUAAUGUAAGCAUUAGUUAUACAUAUGCUAAAAAUGAUACCAAACAAGGUGUUAGUAGUACACAAGAUUAAUGCAUGCAUUAUUUUUUUACUACACUCUACCAAAUGACCCCCAAGAUUGUCAACUGUGUUAAGUAGACACAUGUUUAGUGCUGUUAUUUGGAUUGUCAAUUGGAUUAUGUAAAACAUGUUUUUCUGUAGAUGCUGAAGUUGUAUUUGUUGUUAUAUUAUUUAUGGUUCAUUUUGUGGAUAAUAAUAACUUGUUUCGCUCAUAUUUGCGUGUUAUAAAGAUUGAUCAUGUUUGUAACUGUCUUCUUAUUCCAAAUGGAAAUUUCAGUUGAACCGUUUCUCAUACUUACUUACAUGGACAAUGCAACGACUUAUUGAACCUGCUUGGCUUGAUUUUCUUUUUUCACUACUUUUCCUGUUUUGUUUUCCCUAUGUGUUGCUUAAGGUUUGGCAAGGUGUCAUAUCUUGCAUAUUCACGUGGAUUUGAACUAAAUAACUCUUUGCUGGUCUUAUGGAGGGCACUUAGGACUGAGGUACUUAGAGUCUUUGAUACGCAUAGAGAUGGUAUAUAGUGAACAGUCAGUUUAUUUGAGAAUGAUAAAACACCAUAGAUGAUGAUAAGAAUACGAAGACUACAAAUUGUAAGGCGUAUAAGGCAGAUACGAUUUACACAUCACACAAGUUACAUACUUCAUCCGUCCCAAUUAUGUGGCACCGUUUGACCGGAAAUGAGUUUAAGAAAUAAGGAUAUGGGGUGAGCAAGGACAAGCUGCAUUGGAGAAAGCCAGUAUCUGCUUACUUAACUGUGGUCCAACCGGUUCUGAAACUUUGAAAAAUCUUGUUCUUGGAGGGGUUGGAAGCAUCACUGUUGUUGAUGGUUCCAAGGUUGAAGUUGGUGAUCUUGGAAAUAAUUUCAUGGUUGAUGAAUCAAGUGUUGGAGAAUCGAAGGCAAAGUGUGUAUGUGCAUUUCUUCAAGAGUUAAAUGAUGUUGUUAAAGCUAAGUUUAUAGAAGAUUUCCCGGAGGAACUAAUUGAGACAAAUCCAUCAUUCUUUUCUCAGUUUACCUUGGUCAUAGCUACACAGCUGGUUUCAGAUUCUAUGGUGAAAUUGGAUAGAAUCUGUCGGGAGGCAAAUAUUAUUUUGAUAUUUGCACGUUCCUAUGGCCUCAUGGGUUUUGUUAGAAUCGGUGUGAAGGAACAUACAGUAAUUGAAUCGAAACCUGAUCAUUUUCUAGAUGAUCUUCGGCUUAAUAACCCAUGGCCAGAACUUACCAGGUUCACAGAAACGAUUGAUCUGAACACAACUGAUGCUGUUGUACAUAAACACACGCCAUAUAUUAUUAUCCUUGUUAAGAUAGCGGAGGAAUGGGCAAAUACUCAUGGUGGAAAUCUUCCGUCGACCAGGGAAGAGAAAAGGCAAUUCAAGGAUUUAAUUAAGUCCAAGAUGAUCACAAUUGAUGAAGAAAACUAUAAAGAAGCCAUGGAAGCUUCAUUCAAGGUCUUUUCUCCACGAGGGAUUGCAGGUGCAAACUUACAGAAGAUUAUUGAUGACGGCGGUACAGAAAUUGAUUCUAAUUCAUCUGAUUUUUGGGUGAUGGUAGCAGCACUGAAGGAGUUCAUAGCUAAUGAAGGUGGUGGGGAGACACCUCUUGAGGGGUCGAUACCAGAUAUGACAUCAUCAACUGAAUUGUAUGUAAACCUGCAAAAAAACUACCAAGCCAAGGCUGAGGCUGAUUUUCUUGUUAUGGAGCGAAGAAUCGGGAAUUUACUUAAGAAAAUCGGUAGGGAUCCAGCCAGCAUCUCCAAGACAAAUAUAAAGAGCUUCUCUAAAAAUGCAAGGAAGCUUGCUGUUUGCAGAUAUCGCCUCAUUGAGGAAGAGUUCAACUCUCCUGUACAACCAGAGUUGCAGAAGUAUCUGAUGGAUGAGGAUCAUGGGACUUUGCAAGAAGCCAACUCUCUUAAAGUACUUCCUGAAAAUACUGCUGCGGGUCUUUACAUUCUUCUUCGAGCAGCUGACCGGUUUGCUGUGAACUAUAAUAAAUUUCCUGGCCAAUUUGAUGGUGUGAUGGAUGAGGAUAUAUCCCGGUUGAAAACUACGGCUGUUGGCUUACUCAAUGACCUUGGUUGCAAUAGCUCUGCCUUAUCAGAGGACCUUAUUAAUGAGAUGUGCCGGUAUGGUGCUUCUGAGCUUCAUGCAGUGGCUGCCUUCGUUGGAGGAGUUGCGUCACAAGAAGUGAUCAAGCUCAUCACGAGACAGUUCAUUCCCAUGUCGGGGACUUUCAUCUUUAAUGGCAUUGAUAACAAGUCCCAGCUGUUGUUGCUAUAGUCCCCGAAUUUACAGAUUUCAUUUCGUAUAACGGAACUCAGUUUUGCUCACAAACCAUAUCGUUUCCAAUGGGAGGAAAAUGCUACUUUUAGUUGUGCAAGGAAAGAGUUUAACUUCUAUACACUAAUACGUAGUCGAUUGGGGGUUGCUUCAUUUCAACUCACCGAUGAAGGGAGUCUAAAGAGUUGUUUUUUCUUUGUUGAUUGUUCUCAAGGGAGGAGGAAAUUCAGUACCAAAUGCUUGGCAAUCUUUGGUAGAGGUUUUGUGAUUUCAUGCUGAACCUGAUAAAGAACAAAUAGGUGGUCUUUCUGGAAAUGUUAAGCGAAAGUUUUCCCCUUGCAUCUCGGUCACUUUUACUUUUUCGUUACUUUGUAAUUUAAAGAUAAAAAUCAUAGAAAACCUUGCCAGCUAAAUCACGUUACAGUUAUGUCAAUGUUGUGUUUAAAAAUAUACUGACAAUGGAGCCUUAUACUGAAAUUAUACUGGCAUGAAAAUGCAUAGAGUUGAUCUUAAUAGAAUAUGUUAAUUUUCUUGUAGUAA